UCAGGAAUUAUCCUAUUUAGGAAGUGUGGCUUUCACACUAACUUCCGGUAGGGUGUGAGCGUUAGACUAGGGACUCCCUUAAGAUAAACCAAUAGUAUUUUCCUCAGAGUGGGAGCAUUUUUGUGUUGUCAGUUACCAUCUGUUGAACCCGAAUCGCCUGCAGCUCUCGUUGUAACCCUCGAUCAGCGAAAAAACGUGCGUCAUAUUUUUUGUUUGACGUGAGGCAGUGGUUUCAGAAAUAUGUCCAAAUCUUUGAAGAAGAUUGUGGAGGAGAGUCGAGACAAGAACGUGUCAGAGGUGGACAUGAGCGACAGAGGCAUCUCUAACAUGCUGGACGUCCCCGGACUAUUCACCCUGUCCAACAUCACUCAGUUGGUGCUCAGCCACAACAAGCUUCAAGUUGUUUCUGCAAACAUCUCUGAGCUGAAGAACCUUGAGGUUCUAAACCUGUUCAACAAUCAGAUUGAAGAGCUGCCCACCCAGAUAAGUGGCCUGCAGAAGCUGAAGCACCUUAACCUUGGGUAUGUCUCAUUCUGUCUCCUCGCUGAAUAUAUUUUAUUUUAUAAGAAUUAUUCAUCACAAAGUGCGGCACAAUCUGAGAGAAAAAGUCAGCCUGCUGACAUUGAGAAGCUGACCAAGUUGCAUAUUCUGAGUUUAAGGGAUAAUGAUCUCAUCUCGUUGCCGAAGGAAAUUGGGGAGUUGAUUCAACUGAAAGAGCUGCACAUCCAGGGAAACAGACUGACUGUCCUCCCACCUGAACUUGGAAACCUGGAUCUGACUGGUCCGAAACAGGUGUUUAAAGCAGAGAAUAAUCCGUGGGUCACGCCAAUUGCAGACCAAUUCCAGCUGGGUGUCUCCCAUGUUUUUGAAUAUGUGCGCUCAGAGACCUACAAGUAUCUCUAUGGAAGACACAUGCAGGCCAACCCAGAACCUCCGAAGAAGAAUAAUGACAAAAGUAAGAAAAUAAGCCGUAAACCACUUGCUGCCAAGAACAAGUGAAGAAAAGAGGGAGUGGUAAGCAUCCCCCUUGAAUGACCAGAUUCUGUGUAUGGUCCUUUUUUUCACUUUUUUAUGAUACGGACAUUAUAUACUGUAUAUUUGAUUUUGCGUGUGUUGUUGACUUGAUUUAUCUAAGUAAUUAGCCUCAAGUUAAACACAACUGUGUUGUCUUUGGGGUAACAUAAAACAUGUUUCCCUAUAGCAACUAUGUAAAUUCAUUUUGAGUGAUGAACGUAACUUACAAAGUUAAAAUGCAAGAAAGAAAUGCAGCUUUUUUUUUAAUGCUCACAUAUGUGCUGAAUAUUUUGCAAAAGUUAUUUUCUUUCCAAGCAACAGAUUGCAAUAAAAGACCUACAGAAUGCUACAAGCCAAAAGGUUUCUAUGCUAGGGUAAGCGUGUGUGUUCCUCAUGACAGUUGGCAAGAGGUGUUAACGCCAUGUAGAUAGAGAAAUAAUAAAUAUACAUGGUGUUAUCUGCUUCUCACAGUCUAACUAUUAAUACUUCACCGUCUUGGUUCUUACUUUAUAUGUUAUUAUUUCGUAUGUUAAUGUGUUAGUUGUAUGUAUAACCGCAUUACAGAUCUGACUGAAAUUAUUUAAGGAAAUCUAUAUGUCACAUUAGGUCAUUUUGCAAAAAGAGUUUGUUAAAUAAGAAAAAAAUGUCAAUAAACUUUCAUCUUUACAUUUGCAA